CGCGCCUGCGCGCUGACCGCCGCCCGCGGGCUCUCUGCCCCCCCCCCCUCCCGCCCCCCCCACUACAAAUAGGGCGCCCCCCCGCGCGCGCCCCCUCAGACCCCCCGCGCCCCCCGCGCCGUGAGGAGCCGCCGCCGCCGCCGUUAUGGGGAGGAAGUCGAGCAGGGCCAAGGAGAAGAAGCAGCGGCGGCUGGAGGAGCGCGCGGCCAUGGCCGCCGUCUGCGCCAAGGUCGAGGCCGCCAACAAACUCCAAGACCCCCUGGAAGCCUUCCCGGUGUUCAAGAAGUACGAGCGCAACGGUCUCAACGUGUCCAUCGAGUGCCGGCGCGUCUCCGGUCUGGAUCCUUCCACCCUCGACUGGGCCUUCGAGCUGACCAAGGCCAACAUGCAGACGCUGUACGAGCAGAGCGAGUGGGGCUGGAAGGAGCGGGAGAAGCGGGAGGAGCUGCGGGAUGAACGGGCCUGGUACCUCCUGGCCCGCGACCCCGACACGGCCCCCGUGGCCUUCUCCCACUUCCGCUUCGACGUCGAGGCCGGGGACGAGGUGCUGUACUGUUACGAGGUGCAGCUGGAGAGCCGGGUGAGGAGGAGGGGGCUGGGCAAGUUCCUGCUCCAGAUCCUGCAGCUCGUGGCCAACAGCACGCAGAUGAAGAAGGUGAUGCUGACGGUGUUCAAGCACAACCUGGGCGCGUUCCAGUUCUUCCGGGAGGCCCUGCAUGGCCGGGGCCGGGCGCCGCGGGCAGGAGGGGCAGGGGCAGAGACUGAGGUUCGAGGUGGACCCCACGUCCCCCAGCGUGUCCGGCUGCUGCGGGGACGACUCGUCCUACGAGAUCCUGAGCCGCAGCACCAGGUUCGGGGACCCCCACCCCGGGGGGGGCCCCUGCGGGGGCUGCUGCCACUGAGCCCCCGGACCCCGGGAAUUCACCCCAAAACACCCCCUGCCCACGGGGGAGUGGCCUGGCCUGCUGGGACCCCCCCAAACGGGUGACAACCCCCCCCCUGCCCCCCCUAAACGUCUCUGGAGGGAGGGGGGGGAGCACGGGUGAAGUUUGGGGCCGGAAGGGGCGUUUUGCCCCGUUUUUUUGGGUUUUUGUUCCUUUUUCUUUGUUUUUUCAGCGGGUUUGUUUGUACGUCACGAAUAAAGAACGAUGGACCUUUGGCUGGGGGCUCCUGUUGUCCCCCCCCCCCUCAGUUGCCCCCCCCCGUUGUCCCCCCAAUUCCCUACUGGGGGCAAUAAUGUACCCCUGGGGGCGUGGCCUGGGCUCAAGGGGUGGGGCUUGACUUGGGGGUGUGGCCUGAACUCAGGAGGCAAAGCUUAUACUGAGCAGCGGUGGCUCUGAUGGGCGUGGCCCGCUCGGGGGGUGGAGCCUCAGCGCCAGAACCCCCCCCCGUGUUUGAGGGCGUGGUCUGAUUUCACUGGGCGGGGCUUCCCAGGGCAGCGACUAAUCGCUAUCGAGGGCGUGGCCUGUGAGGGGGCGUGUCUUCUGCGCGGGGAGGGGUUACACUGAGAGGAAGGUGUGGUUUCAGCGGUGUGGGCGUGGUUUCAUCACAGUGGGUGCGGUUUCAUCGCAAUGGGCGUGGCCAGGCCCGGCUGGGGGCGUUCCCGUCACAGACCGGAAGCCGCCCCGGCAGAGGGGGCUCGUCCCGCGCGCUCCCGGCGGAAGUGACGUCACAGCCCGGCCGCCAUGGCGCCCGCCGCGCUGCUCGCCCGCUCCGCCCGCUCCCUCCUUCGCUCCGCGGCCCGGCCCGGCCCGGCCCCGCGCGGGAUCGUGUCGGGGCCGCCGCAGAGCCCCAUCGGGGGCGCGGAGAGCGUGGUGGGCUUCGCCGCCAUCUUCCUGUCCUGCCUCGGCCCCGCCGCCUGGGUGCUCGCGCACCUCAACGACUACAAGAAGCGGGAGGAGUGAGACGGGAACAGCCCCCCCUUCUCCUCCUCCUCCCCCCCGCCGCGCCGGGAACACCCGCUCCGGGACCCCCCAGGACCAAGAACCCCCCCCAGGACCAGGACCCCUCCCAGCACCGGGACCCCACGAGACGAGGACCCUGGUUCUGGGACCGCCAUCACCGAGACCACCCAAGUACCGGGACGCCACUACUGGGACCACCAGCACUGGAGCCCCCAGGACCGGGACCCCCCCCCCAGGACCGGGACCACCGAGCGGGCCCCGCGCACCGAUGGGACCCUCCCUCAUCCCCCCCUGACCCCCAAUAAAGGCCCUGGAGCCGCUUCCUGUUC